GGUUGAGGGGGGAUAUGGCGGUGGGGGGAGGAGGAGAAGAGGGGGAGAUGGAGAAGGAUUUCGAGGCGAAGCUGCGGGUGCAGCAGGGAGGAGGGAGCGUGCAGAGGACGAACAGUAUCGCGUUUAGGGCCCCGCAGGAGCAGUUCAGCAUCAACGAUUUCGAGCUCGGGAGGAUCUACGGGGUUGGAUCCUACUCAAAGGUAGUGAGGGCAAAGAAGAAGGACACAGGAAAUGUUUAUGCAUUAAAGAUUAUGGACAAGAAAUUUAUUACAAAGGAAAAUAAGAUAUCUAAUGUAAAGCUGGAGCGUAUCGUACUUGACCAGUUAGAUCAUCCAGGAAUCAUCAGAUUAUGUUUCACCUUUCAAGAUACUUACUCUCUUUACAUGGCACUAGAGUCUUGUGAAGGUGGAGAGCUCUUUGACCAAAUUACCAGGAAAGGUCGUCUAUCCGAGGAUGAAGCUCGCUUCUAUGCCGCAGAAGUUAUUGAUGCUUUGGAAUCUUUACAUGGUGUAGGAAUAAUUCAUAGGGAUAUAAAGCCAGAGAAUUUAUUGCUUACUUUAGAUGGGCACAUUAAGAUCGCUGAUUUUGGUAGUGUGAAACCAACAAGGGAUGCUCGAAUCACAGUUCUUCCGGAUGCUGCAACUAAUGAUGAAAAGCCAUGCACUUUUGUGGGAACAGCUGCAUAUAUUCCUCCAGAAGUUCUCAAUUCUUCCCCACCGACUUUUGGAAAUGACAUAUGGGCCCUUGGGUGCACCUUAUAUCAAAUGCUAUCCGGCUCUUCUCCUUUCAAAGAUGCUAGUGAAUGGCUUAUUUUUCAGAGAAUCAUUGCUAGGGACCUUAGAUUUCCCGAGUAUUUUUCAGAUGAAGCGCGAGACUUAAUUGAUAAGCUACUGGAUACUGAUCCGAGCAAAAGGCUGGGUGCUGGACCGGAUGGCUAUGAUGCUCUCAAGAAGCAUCCUUUCUUUAGGGGAAUUGAUUGGAAAAAUAUACGGAAAGCACCUGCACCAAAGCUCGCUGUGGAUACAAGUGCAGGUGAGAACGAGGAUCAGGAUUCUACUUGGAACCUGAAUAUUCCAACGAGUCAUAGUGCUGCCCCUGAAGGAAAUAAUUGUGCCCCAUCUUCUUCUGAAACACAAUCUCACAUGUCUAGGCUAACUUCGAUCGACUCGUUCGACUCUAAAUGGCAGGAAUUUCUUGAGCCUGGUGAGUCUAUCGUCAUGAUUUCGAAGCUAAAGAAGAUUCAGAAACUAACAAGCAAGAAAGUGCAACUGAUCCUCACCAACAGACCUAAAUUAAUAUGUAUUGAUCCUUCCAAGAUGGUCGCCAAGGGGAGUAUAAUCUGGUCUGAUAACCCAACUGAUCUAACCAUCCAAGUAACGAACACUUCGCAUUUUAAGAUAUGCACGCCGAAGAAGAUUUUGUCAUUUGAAGAUGCGAAGCAGCGUGCAUGGCAAUGGAAGAAGGCGAUCGAAGGUUUCCAACGCUGCUGAAUCGCAUACUUAUUGGAAAAGGACUUCUGCAGCACCAAAGGCAUUUCAAGAAAUGCUCGAUGGUGUUUCAAAAAACUACAAAUUUAUACAAAAGCUCAUGGAUUUUUUUUUUUUUAUUAUUUUUUUCCUUCCACAG